GACCUUUUCACUCGGGGUCAUCUUAGCUUUGCCCACACAUGCUCUCCGUCUUAGCUCGCUAGCUAACCUGAAUGUAAUGUGAUACAUGCCCGGUUCUUUCAGUGGGAUGGGGGACGCACCAAACACGGUUUAAAACCGGGCUAUUUAACUGUUGGUUUGUUUAUUAUUGGGAAAAAUGCUACCAGGAGAAUAAAAACAGAUAUCCGACGCAGUAUUGGUAAUUCUUGCUGCAUUCGGCAUUCAAUUGUUGUUGUAAACAGCUAUUAUAUCAGUAAAAUUGUUGUUAGCGUACUUUGUAUUGUAGUGAAACUAACUAGUGUUAGCUCAUGUUAAAGUGUAGCUAACUUUGACGGUGAGAACGGUAACGUUUUAUAAACGUGGUUGUGGUUUUCUGAUAGUAGUUCUCUAAACUGAAAGGCGGGUUAACACUAUUACACGACCAUGUUUUGUUAAUGAAGUUCUCACAGCUCAGAAAGGACGUCGUGAAUCGUAGUGAAUGCGGUUAGCUUGCUUGCUAAAAUAACAUAGAGGGUAGCUAUAUCGUUAGCGACUUGGUCUAAAAAUGGCAUUUAUGUUUACGAAGCAGGGCAAUUACAUUAGAAAGCCCGUGUUUUGUUGUAACGCUGGCUGCCGUCACAGAGUUUUCGCCGUGUUUCACCAAAAUAGCAGCAGGACCUUGUCAAUUAGUGAGAGCCAUAAAUGACAUGUCUCAUUGUGUUUACUUCUUACAUCUAUCCUUUCAUCCUCUUUCUGCUGCUGAGUUAUUUUUUCCCCACUUUUGCCUGCCAGAUUUUAUUUAUAAUCGCUAUAUUUUUACAGCGUAUAUUCCCAUUACCAGUACGUCAGUAGUAUUCUCAAACGCUCUUCAUUUGUACUCCUAUGGAGUGGAUUGACUGGUUUCUGAGCAGCUCUGAAGCUGAAUUAACACGAACAAAAUAGACAGAGUCUUCAUUGUCAGCCCUUCAGGCUCAGCAUUGCUGCUAGACUUCAUCCUCACACAACACUACUGUACCAAGACAAGCUUGGUGUGAAAAGCUUUAUUGACUUCUAUGGUGGUGUGGCAGGAGUACACAACUCAGGAAGAUGGCAUCACCUUUUGUGCCUGUUCCUGUGCCUAUGGACAGAGCCUUGUCUCGUGGUAGCAACAAGCUGAGACGGGCGCAGCGAGCUUCAUCGCUAGGAAGUGUCUCCAGCAGCUCAGAGUCUUCGUCUUCAAUCGCCAGGAUGGCUGGGGAGGAACAUGGGGGAGUCGGAUGCGGAGAAUUAGAUUCCCAACAUCAGUCUCGCUGUGCGGACAGGGGUGGCCGCAGCCGAACGCCCCCACCCCUUCAGAGCCCUGUGACACGGGCUAAGUUGAACGGGACUCUGGAACCAUCUGUCGAAUACUCGAGCUGUCCGCGGUCUAUAUCGGAUCCUAGUGGUAGCCAGCAAGCUGAGGAGAGGCCUAUCACCCCCACUGUGCUGGGGUAUGAGGUCAUGGAGGAGAGGGCCAAGUUCACGGUGUAUAAGAUCCUGGUGAGAAAGACUCUAGAUGAGAGCUGGGUUGUUUUCAGAAGAUACGCUGACUUCUCAAGACUCAAUGACAAGCUGAAGGAGACGUUUCCAGGCUUCCGCCUCUCACUGCCUCCUAAGCGCUGGUUCAAAGACAACUAUGACAGCAACUUCCUGGAAGACAGACAGUUAGGACUGCAAGCUUUUUUGCAAAACUUGGUUGCACACAAGGACAUCGCCAACUGCCUGCCGGUGAGAGAGUUUCUGUGUCUCGAUGAUCCACCUGGGCCUUUUGACAGUCUGGAGGAGAGCAGGGCGUUCUGUGAGACUCUGGAGGAGAGCAACUACCGUCUACAGAAGGAGCUGCUAGAGAAGCAAAAGGAGAUUGCCUCCCUAAAGAGGAGACUGGAGGAGAGGGAGCAAGCCAUCCUACUACUGGAAAAGCAUAUCAACGAUGAGUGUGUUAGUCCAGAGUCUCCAUGUCGACUGUCAGCUCAGGGCAGUGAGAGCAGUGCAGAUGUGGAGUCAUCUGCUGCAGAGGCCGAUCAGGACAUCCCUGAAGACACCGGUGGCAGGUGUGAGGUGCAGCCUGUGCGAUCCUCUGCCUGUUGGUGCGGUCCGUCGCUCAGCGUCUCUCCUCCCGUCAUCCAGGUCACUCAGCUCUACCACAAGAACUCAGAACACUAACAAUAAACCCGGGUCUUCCUCGCCAUCUCUUUUUGUUCUCCCUGCCUUCUUUUCCUCCUCCUCACUGCAGCAUUAGUCCACAUGUUUGUUUGGGUUGUUUGUUUUUUAGUUUUUCUUGUGUUCUUAUUUGUACUUUGCCUUUACCACGUCCUUUCACAUCUCAUCUUACUACCUGUCAGAGGGCAAGUGAUGUUUCAUUGUCCAGUCAUGGAGUUGGAUGAUACCUCAAGAUCUGGACUUAAAAGAGAAUGGUUGUAUACUAAAAGCAACAAACCAUGGGAAAUUUUAUCCGGCACCUACAGAAGAUGUUGAACACCUUGUUGGGACUUUGGACUAAAUGGAUCUGUCUGACAGUGUGUUUGGAUUUCUUGGUCCUGAUGAUUCACUUUUGAACCCAGUGUGUAUCCACAAGACCUCAUCAGUUAGAGCCCAAAGACAAAGUCUGAAUUUUUGACCAAAAAGGAGAAAAGGGCGGAUUUCACAAUUGUGACAAUCUAUAUGAAAUCUGAAUUAUAAUCUCAAUAGUUUUCGCUGCAGUCCUUUGCCUUAUGGUAUCUUAGUUGUUAUGAGAGGCCCUCUUUAUAAACCAGGGAAACGACACCCCCGUGUGGCUGUUCAAAUAAAAGUCUGACUCAGGAUAAGCAGGUAACAGGUGUGUUUGACAGAGGAUUGGUAACGAUUGGUCUGCAGGUACUUCAUCUCAUUGCAGUGUACUGCCAUUUACUGUUAUUGUGGUAGACGGUCCUUCCGUCUUGAAAAUUGCCAUUGUGUCUCCACUUUCCGGUGCAUCUAAAAGCUACAUUCCACCCUGUUUUAGUGCCAUGUGUCAUAAAUCAUGUCCUGAUGGGGGCAUUUAGUCUGUACCAUACUGUGUCAAAGCCAAGGAAUGUAAAGGUCGACAUGUAUACUAAUCGUGUCGUUACCAAGAAACAUUCCUGCAUAUAUGCAUAAACAUUUGAAGGCAUUAAUUUUCCCAGGUGAAGGUCAUUUCACAAAUCUUUACACCAGACCUCUCCUGGCACUUUUUCUGGAUUUCCUUUUUUUUUUUUUUUCUUCAAGGCCUACUGUGGCGUGAUUAAAGGACAAGAAUGGCAUUUUUGCUCACAUAUGUAGGAAUGAGGAUUUGGUUUUAGCUGCUGUGGAUUUUAAGAUAUCAGAUCUAACAGCUACUUUUUCUACUGGCAUUGCAGUUACAGCAAUAGUCACGUUAGUCAUGUUUUGGGGCAUCCUAGGAAACCUCGACAGAAUUUUUAUUUCAGAUGUCUCAAAAUCCCAGCUGAUAAAACUAUCGACCAGGUGAGAUACUCAGGAGUAUAAUUAUAGAAUUAUAACUAUAUAAUUUGGGUGAAAGACACAAAGAGGUGACAGCUCCUCAAGUAUACAGCGGUGCUAUUCUUUUUACCUGAAAAAUCCUAAUGUUUAAGACCUGACGGGCUGGAAAAAGAGGGAAAACAAGGCCAACGUAGUCAUCGUUUCAAAGCCUUCAAAGCUUGUUAGGAUGCAAAACCAUCCGGCUGGUAUUUGAGGAAGAAGUGAAUGCCACAGGCAACUAAUAAACUCACAGUUUAGCUUUGUUGGCUCUUUAUCUGCAUCAAGACUGUUAUUCAUUAAAUCGUCCACUAAAGCCAUAUUUUUACACUUAAGAGCACUUGAGAGGCAGACGUUUCACGUGUGGUCGAGUGUGCUGAGCAGCUGUUGUUUUCACUCUUUCAUGAUGACUACGAAGGAUAUAAUGGCUACGGGGGAUGUUGACUUGUCUCAAACUAGGCCUGGAACAGGUCAUGUGAUGCACUUUAUGGAUGAAUGGCAACACGCAAUGUUUGCUAGGAUAUUGUUUUUACUAUUAUAACACAGAAAUAUGCCUUUUAGCUCACCUGAUCUGUCCUGGCUCCCAACUGUAUAUGAAAUGUCACAGCUUGGUUAACUUGUAUUUAGUUCUGUUUGUCUGUAAAUUCAUUUGUUGUAUAAUUCUAAGUGCCUUGAAUAUUUCCACUCGGCUCUUUUUUUUUUUUAUAUAUAUGUUGGAAUAGCUUUAUAGGUUUGUGUACAACGUGUGACAUAUCCACUACAUCCCCCUGAUGGAACUAAUGUUUUAAAAACACUUCUGUGUAUAUGUGAAAGAGAUGCUUUUGUUAUAUUACAUGAACUGAUAUGGAAAUUUAGUUCAGAUAUACACUUGUAGUUGCACUAUAAAAAUUGACAUAAUCUGUAAUGUCCCCAAUUUAAAGGGUUUAUUCACUGAGUAAUCUGAAAUGUAUGCUGUAGAUAUUGUUACACAUGCUAUAGCAAAAACGUUUAUCAGAAAUAUUUAAUUCACAUGCAAUUAAACACGGAGUGAUGUAUUGAAAGCAUGUGUUUCCUGUGUCCUCACAUUUAAAGCCUUCACUGUGUUUUCAGACAAGCUAUAACAUAACUGCAGAAGUUCAUACUUCCAUAAAGAAACAAAUCUGUCCAAACCA